GCUGACCGACUGGACACAGUCGACCUGAUGCUCCAGACCUACCCCACAAAUUACAAAAAGGUCACCCAGAAAAUUAUGGAGAAGGUCAACAGUCAUAGGAAACAUGAGGUUCAUAACUGGGUUCUGGACUCUCUGGACAAUCUGGACGACAAACAGCUGAAGUACUUCCACUGGUUCCUCCAAACGGCAGACAAGUCCAAGGACGGCUUCAAACCCAUCAAGAAGAAGGACCUGGAGGACGCAGACAGACUGGACACAUCGGAUCUGAUGGUUCAGACAUACACCACAAACACCAAGGAGGUCACAGAGAAGAUCCUGAAGAAGAUCAAGACCAAUAAAGGCAAAGACAUACCAGAAGCUGAGGAGCAGAUGAAGCCGUCUUCUCCAGCUGAAGCAGAAAAGAAAGAAGUCUCCAAGGUUCUGGAGGAGUUUGUUAAGAAAGCUCCAAAUGAAACCCUGACCCGGCUGUCAGAGGCUCUAGCAGCAGACGGUGUGUUGAAGUCCUCUGAGAAGCAACACAUUCUGGAGAAGAACCACACCAGAGGAAACAGAGCGAGCUGCCUUGCUGACACGGUGAUGGAUAAAGGACCUGCUGCCUGGAAGAAGAUGAUCCACCACCUUCAGGCUGUUGAUGCUCCACUGUCCUCCAAGCUGGGCUUGUCCUCAGGUCUGUCUGUUCAGCAAGGUCAAAGAUCACAUGAACCCAAAUCCAAACCUGUAUCAGAACCAGGACUUCUCUGUAAACCGGUCAUUCAACAACUCCUUUCUCUUAAACCUUACCAGAAACCCGUCGAUGACGAGAAGGAAGUCUGGCAGCAGAUCUGUCCUGAAGGGGACAACGAUGCUGACAUCAAGCAGUGGUUGAAGGAUCAUCUGGAAGAUCUGGACAGCAGGGAGAUGAAGUACUUCCACUGGUACCUUCAAACCGCGGACAAGUCCAAGGACGGCUUCCAGCCGGUCAAGAAGAGCCGCCUGGAGCACGCAGACAGACUGGAUACAGUGGACCUGAUGGUUCAGACUUACACCAACACCACCAAGAUGGUGGCACAGAAGAUUUUCAAGAAGAUCAAUAAAAACAAAGGACAUGACUGUAAAGAUUGGCUUCUGGACACUUUGUUAGAGUUGGACGACAGGGACAUGAAGUACUUCCACUGGUACCUUCAAACCGCAGACAAGUCCAAAGACGGGUUCAAACCGAUCAAAAAGGGUCAACUGGAGGACGCAGACCGGCUGGACACGGUGGACCUGAUGGUUCAGACCUACGCCUCAAACACCAAGACGGUCACAGAGAAGAUCCUGGAGAAAAUGAAGAGCAAUAAAGACAAAGGUCUCCCUGAGGUGGAGGAGCAGAUUAAUGAAGAGAAAGUGCUCACCAGGAUGCUCAAUGACUUUGUGGAGAAGGUACCAAGAGAAACGUUAUCACAGCUCAUGGAGGCUCUCAUGACUGCAAACACCCUGAAGUCUUCAGAGAAGGAGGCAAUACUUCAGAACCACACCAGAGUCAACAUGGCCAGUUGCUUCGUUGACAUUGUGAUGGAGAAGGGAACCAACGCCUCCAAGGAGCUGGUGAACCGUCUUCAAACCAUCAACCCUCAGCUGUCCUCUGAGCUGCGCUCGCCGUCUACCCCAGGUCACAAGUCUUUCAAACAGCUCUUCACUAGUAAGAAAACGAGGGAGAUGACGAAGGAACAGGAGGAAUGCUGGCGCCAGAUCUGCCCUCCAGGAGAUAAAGACGCUGAUUUGAAGCGUUGGUUGAAGAAAACUCUGGAGGAUCUGAAGAACAGGGAGGUAAAGUACUUCCACUGGUACCUGCGGAUUGCAGACGAGUCCAAAGACGGUUUCCAACCAAUCAAAAGGUUCCGUCUGAAGCACGCGGACAGACUGGACACGUUGGACCUGUUGGUGCAGAUGUAUCCUGGAAAGGUGAAAGAGGUCACAGAGAAGAUCCUGGAGAAGAUCAGAACCAACACGGCGCAGGGCGCCGACAAGCUGAAGCGCAGUUCCCUGAAGAGGGGUCCUGCGGCAGAGGGACAGGAAGUGGACGCCAUGAACCUGAUGAUGCAGGUGUACAACUCAGAGCACAGAGAGGCGCUGAAGAGCGCUCUGAAUGAAAUCCAGGAGACUUCAGAACUGCCUGAUGACGAAGACCAGGACAACCCAGCUUCUCCAACGGCUCUACGAGCAAAGAAAAUGAAGAGCAUGCUGCUUGACUUUAUCAAGAAAGUGUCCAAUAAAACCUUGGAGCAGCUUCUGAAGGACCUGGUAGCGGAUAAGGUGCUGACCACCUCAGAGAGUCGGUCAGUGGUGGAGAAGAAUCACACCAGAGUGAACAAGGCCAGCGGCCUGGUGGAGAUCCUGAAGGAGAAAGGACCAGAAGCCUGUCAGAAGAUGAUCAGCCAUGUUGAAACAAUGGAUCCUCCACUUUACGCCAAACUGGGUUCUUCCCAGAGCCCCAAUUUCCAACAAGAGCUGCUCCAGAUGCUGUGCUUCAGCCUGAAGGAGGAUGAAGGACCACAGGAAGAGGAAGAGGAAGAAUAAACAGGAUGUUUAUUCAGUUGCUCCUCAUGUUGAGGAGCAAACUUCCUGUUUCUAGAGCUGACGGUCUCCUGUUUUGUCCACCACUGUUGAGUUUUCCACAUUGGACUUCAAUAAAAGCCUUUAAUUACAAUAACAGCUGUUAUUCUGUCAGAUGUUUCUCUGCUUCUGCACUGAAACUGUUCUAAGUCUGUUUCAUGAAGCUGAU